AUGAGUGCUGUUGAUACUACGGAAUCUGCUGCUGCUGAAGUGAACGCAGCAAAGUUUGGACAUGAUACAGCAUCUAAUAUGAGCAUACAUUCAAUCGCAAAUACUCCAGAUAUGUCCGCUACGAAUUGUAAUGAAAGCUGCACCAGUUCUACUCCAUCUGAUAACAACCCUAAUCAUGACAGUGCAGCACAUGUCACUACUUGGAGCCGUCUGUCUGGCGGACUGUCCUUGCUCAUGACCAGAGCUCUGCAUAGCAUUCAAUCUCUUGAUAUGGCAAGUGAGCUGAGUCGUUUUACCAAGUACCAUCGUCCAUAUCUUUCAUCGGCAGCGUCAUCUGGCAUCCCAACUUUGGACCCAAACAGUCCGAUAGUCUUUCUAGCACAGACCUAUUCGUCUCUUGCUCAUCCACAUUUUCUGGACGAUUUUCAUUCACGACUAUGGAUGACUUAUCGUAAAGGAUUCGCUGCAAUCAAGCCAACUGGAUACACCUGUGACAGUGGAUGGGGAUGUAUGCUCCGAAGUGGUCAAAUGUUGGUUGCAAACGCACUCUUAUUCCAUGAGCUUGGAAGAGAUUGGAGAUUGGGUGAUUCUAACGAUAGAGAUACUUGGCUGACUUAUUGUAGCAUCCUCACAAAGUUUCUGGAUGUAAAUACAAGUCCAUAUUCAAUUCAGCGUAUUGCAACUCUUGGGAUUCGUUUUGACAAGCAGAUUGGCGAAUGGUUUGGUCCAAGUACCAUAUCUCAAGUUUUAAAGGUUCUUGUGAACGAUGAUCAAAGAAUAAGCUUGAAAGUUCAUGUUUCCAAUGAUGGUGUGGUAUACAAGAAUGAAAUCAAUACUAUUCUAUCAGCUACACGAGACGAUGGAAAGACGCCUGCCGUACUAAUCAUGAUUCCACUUCGGCUUGGCGUGGAAACCAUGAACCCAGUAUAUUACCCUGGAGUCAAGCACUGCUUCGCCAUGUCUCAUUGUGUUGGAAUUGCAGGCGGUCGACCAAAUUCAUCAUUAUUCUUUCUUGGUGUAGAUGGCGACCAUUUGAUAUAUCUUGAUCCGCACCAUCUUCGUCCAAGUGUGGACAGUCGAGACAUUACAUCAUACAAGAUGGAGGAUCUUUUGAGUUAUCAUUGUGAAAAAGUCAGGCUACUACCGAUUGCAUCCAUGGACCCAUCACUUGUUAUUGGAUUCUACUGUCAUAGUCUAAAGGAUUUUGAUGUGUUGUGUGCCAAGAUGACUGAGCUAGCAACUGGCUCAGCACCGCUGUUUUCCAUUGAAGAAAUGACUCCCGACUUUGAUCCAGAUGUGGACAUUAUUUCUGAAUAUGAUUUUUAA